AUGGCCACCGCCGCCUCUUCCUCCGCCAUCUUUGCCGCCCCUACCUUCUCGGCCGCCGCCACGAGGCAGCAGCCAACCCCCACCGCCGUAUCGUUCCAAGGCCUCCGCGCACUCCCAAGCGUGAAAUCAAGCCGCCCGGGAGUCGCGAUCAAGAGCCGGAGAUCGGUGGUGGUGAAGGCGGAGUUGAACCCAUCUCUAGUGAUAAGCCUAAGCACAGGGCUGUCCUUGUUCUUAGGGAGGUUCGUUUUCUUCAAUUUCCAAAGGGAGAAUGUAAGCAAGCAAGUGCCAGAGCAAAAUGGGUUGACCCAUUUUGAAGCUGGUGAUGUGAGGGCUAAAGAAUAUGUUAGUCUCUUGAAAUCUAAUGAUCCUGUUGGGUUUAAUAUUGUUGAUGUUCUUGCAUGGGGUUCUAUUGGCCAUAUUGUUGCUUACUAUAUUUUGGCUACUUCUAGCAAUGGCUAUGAUCCUAAGUUCUUCUAAAUGUUGUAUUAUUGUGGCUUUGUAUAGCUAAAUCUUCCAUCAUUUAAUUGCUUUGAGAACUUUGUAUCUCUUUUUAAUGGUGUUUUUGUGGAAUGAUAUUGGGAAAAAGGGAAGAUGGGGUUUGUGAGUUAUGCUUGUGUAUGAUUAUUAUUGCAAUGGCUCUUUUGAUCACAUGUAACUACUUGUUUAAUUUUGCUGUUGAACUCACAAUAUCAGUGCAGAAUUACAUUU